AUGGAGCUUCCGCCCGAUGCCCAGCGGGGCAAAAGCCGCGCGGCGGCCGUGAGCCCGUUGGUGCUGCGCGAAAUCGUCGCCGUGCGACGCGCGCAUCCCGAGCUCGCGAACGAGCACAUCGCGACGGCCGUCAACGCGCAGUACGGCACGCGCCUCGGCAGCAGCGACAUCGAUCGACUCUAUCGAAAGGCCACCGUCGAAAGCAGCGUAGGGAAGAAUAAGUUCGUUCGUUAUAAGAACGCGGAGCUUGAGGCGGAGUUGGCGCGUUGGACGCGCGAGAGGCGGCUCCGUCUCGAAGCGUGGUGGGCGGCGCGGGGGAAGACAAAGGUCCAGAGGUCGAGCAUCGUGCAUAACCUGCAGAAACACGCGCGGCGCGUCGCAGAGCGGUUCGGCGUGCCUCCUCUGUUCGAGUUCGAGCGCUGGUGGUGCUGCGAAGUGCUGCGCGACGCGGGUCUCGACGAGUGCGGCGAGGAGGUGGGGACGCGCUCGGGGGACGAAGGGGGGACGCGGGGGAGGGACGAGGCGGAAACGCGCGACACGCAGGGGGAGAAACAGGACGACCGCGUCGCACGCGGUAACGGAGAGGCGCCGGACUCCGCUAGUGCUGGCGAAGGCGGCUUAGGCGGCGCUGCGGCAGGCGAGCUGAGUGCGGGCACAAGCGGCGGGGGCGAUGAGGGCGGAGAGGCCGACGAGGAGCAGGUACCUGCGGGCGCACCGUCGUGGGCGCGGGGCAGCGCCGCCGCGGCCGUGCGCUCCAGCAGCACGCCCAACGGCGGGUCGGCCGCGGCGCCGGGCGCGGCCAACGCGGCUGCGAGCGCGCUGGCGGCGCGCGUGCGGUACGAGGUGGCGAUGCUGGCGUGCGUGCGGCCGUUCCUGAGCCCGCGGAUUGUGACGGCAGCCGUGCACGCGCGCUACGGGCUGUGGCUCAUUCCCAAGUACGUCCGCCACAUCGUCCAGGAGAGCCGCCGCUGGGUGCGCGCGGACGCGGGGGAGGGGAGCGCGCCCGGCGCGGCGGACGCGGGGGAGAGCGCGCUGGAGGAGGCAGUGGCGCUGUGGGUGGUGGCGGAGGAGGAGGGCGCGGGGCGCGCUGUGAGCCGCGUGCAGCUGGUGGGGAAGGCGAGGGAGCUGGCACGGGGGUGCGGCGUGGAGGAGGGGCGGUGCACUGAGGCAUGGGCGAGCAGGUUCGUGCGGCGGUACGGGCUGCUGCUGCUGCGCCUGGCUGAGGCACGCCGGGGCGCCUGGGAGGGGGGCGAUGGGGAGAGGACAGGAGUGGAGAAGGGGAAGGGCGGAGGGGCGGAAGGAAGAAGUGGGAGUGAAGUGGAGUGGUGGCGGAGAGGCAGGAGGAGGCUGAGGACGAAAGUGAGGCGCAUGGGAACAGCGAGUGACGAUGAGGAUGCGGAGGGGGAGAACUUUGAGGAGGAGUAUGAGGAGGACUGGGCGGGGUUUGAUGGUUGUGAUGCUGCUGCUACUGCUGGUGCAGCUGGGGCUGCUGGUGGUGCUACUGCUGCUGCUGGGGUGAGCGCGAACAGGAGCACGGGGUGGGAGAGGGACAGGCGGAUGGGGCUGCUGGCGGGGGUGGAGAACCCGUACCGCCAUGCACGCGCUCUGCUCAUGCGCCUGGCUCGCCACGAGGGCGCCAUGCUGCCCUCCCACGUGCUGGAGGAGGCCCUUCUGGACGCCCACCUGCUGCCGCCACUGCCAGCAUCAGAAUCACCAGUACCAGCGCCACGAGAGGACCACGUGCAGCGUGGCGAGUCAUCAGCGCCAGCAGCGCCAGCAGAGGGACGUGAGGAGCCUGUGGGCCGUGCUGUGUCACAGGGAGAGGCGGUGGAGAGGCAAGGGGAGGCAGACCUGGGGCGAGCAGGGGAUGGUGGCGAUGGGAGAGGGGAGGGAACAGGGGAUGGUGGCAGUGGGAGAGAAGAGGGUGCAGUGGGUGGCACCAAACAGUCCCCAUCUCCUUGGCACGAUCAUGCAUGGCGCUCCGUGUCCCCCCUGCCCGUCCUGGACAGCCCCGAGCUGCAGGCGCUGCAGAGGGAGGUGAGCACCGAGAGCGUCGUGCUGCCCCACUUCCACUUCCACCGCCUGCCACCUGCGCUGGGCAGAGCUGGCGGGGGAGGAGCGGCUGGAGGAAGGGGGAGAGGAAGGGGAGAAACAGGAGGAGGCGAGAGAGGAAGUGUAUGCAGGGGCCAAGGCAGUGGUGAAAGUGGGGUGGCACAAGAGGGGCAGACGGAGCGCGAGCAGGAGGAGGGAGAGGGGGAGGGCGGGCGGGUGUACCUGGUGUGUGGGGAUGCGGCGGCAGGCGUGGUGGUGGAGCGGCAGCUGCCAGGCCUCACGCUGAGUCGCAUCAGAGCCAUCUGCCUCGCCGCCCUCGCCCGCCCCCACCUGCCCCACGCCCAGCUGCUGCACGCCAUUGACCAGGCGUGGGGCCUGGCGCUCUCCCCCCUUGACCUGCGCGCCAUCCUCGCCCAGACCUCCAGGUGUGCCUCCCUCUCUCCCUCGCCCCCCCUUCCACCACCCUCGCUCCCUCACUCGCCCUCCACCAUCUUUGCCUUGGCACCGUUGUGGAUGGUGGUGCCGGGGGGCAUAGAGAGGGCGGGGGUGGAGGGGCGGGUGAAGGAGCGCGUGCAGAGGGAGGAGGGGCAGAGGGCGGGGCGAGUGGAGGUGGUGCUGCUGCAGUGGGUGCAGCAGCUGUCCGCCACCAUCCUCCUCGACCGCGCCCGCUUCUCCUUCCCGCCUGGCUUCCGCUGGGGCUCGCCUGCUGCUGAACCCAGCAGUGCUGCUGCUGGUUCUGCUGCUGCCGCCGGUGCUGCAACUCCCAGUGGUGCUCAGAGUGGAGACGGUGAGGAUGGUGGCACUGCUGCUGCUGCAGGUGGGAUCAUGGAGGAGCAUAUGAGGCGCCUCUUUGGCCCACUGGACCCGGGAAGGGGGUCAUCCACCACCGUUCAACCUCAUCUUGGUGGGACCGUGAGCGCGCAGGUGGGUGGGAGCCUGCUGGGGAAGCACGGGGUGCCGUUCAUUCUCACGCGCCCCAUGCUGCGCCAGGCAGCCCGCCGCAUCGCCCCGCUGCUGUACCGCAGCGGCAGGGGCUACCCCAAGCUAGAGAUCUACUGGUGCCGCCGCUUCCUGCGCCGCCUCGAGGCCCUGCGGUCGCUGGCACGCCUGAAGCUCACUUCUGCCCGCCAGGGGGACCCGGCGCCCGUUGUGAUCCGGUGGCCCACACAGGGGCCGAGUGAGGGGCCGAGUGAGGCGCAUAGGGAGGACGAGGGCGCGGAGGAGGGGAUGAGUGCGGAUGAAACGCGUGGAGCAGAUGAAACACGUGGAGCAGAUGAAACACGUGGAGCAGAUGAAACACGUGGAGCAGAUGAAGCACGUGGAGCAGAUGGUUCAAAGGUGGGAGAUAGAGGGGAAGCUAGACUGGAAGCGAGGGGAGAAGUGAGAGAGGAGGGAACUGGUGGAGGAAAGCGAGAUGAGGGAAGACAUGAGCGACAUGGUGAAGCGGGAGGGCGGGUGAGAGAGGAUGAAAUGGCUGACGAGUUGCAGGCGGCAGGGGAGGUGGCACCGGUGGCUGUGGGUGCAGCGGCAGGUGAGCCAGCAGCACCAGUGGUGGUGGCGGCAGUGCAGCGGGCGCUGUGUGAGUGGGUGGCGGAGGGGGUGGUGGGGCGGCGAGCGGACGAGGAGGAGGCGCGGGAGCAGGCAGUGGUGGUGGGCGCGGUGCAGGCCACGUGGGGCAUGGCGGUGAGCGAGGAGCUGCUGGCUCUGCUGUGGCAGCAGCGCUCCGAGCUGCUGGGCCACGCGUGGGAGGGGCGCAUCAGAGCACGGCUGGCAGGUGGCGUGCAGCAGAGGGAGGGUGGCGAUGGGGAGAAGGAGGUGAAGGCUGGGGAUGAUGGUAAGGGGCAGGUGGGGCAGGUGAAGGGGCAGGUGGGGCAGGAGAAGGGAAAGGUGGGGCAGGAGAAGGGAAGGGUGGGGCAGGAGAAGGGGCAGGUGGGGCAGGAGAAGGGGCAGGUGGGGCAGGAGAAGGUUCAGGUGGGGCAGGAGAAGGGGCAGGUGGGGCAGGAGAAGGGAAAGGUGGGGCAGGAGAAGGGCGUUUAUGGGGACCCCAGCGCGGUGCUGCUGCAGUGGGUGGCGUGGCAGGACGUGCGUGCAUUGCUGCUGGCACUGGACGGGCCGCAGUGGCAUGGCAGGCUGCUGGCACGCGUGGCAUGCAAGGUGUAUGGGGGGGUUGUAUGCAGGGCCAGGCAGGACCACUGCACCGUGCAUGCCUUGAAGCAAGGUGCAAGCAGGGACGGGCAGGGCGAGCGCACGGUGCAUGCAGUGGCGCAAGGUGUGUGUGGUGGAGGUGGAGGGAACGGGAAGAGGAGGCGUGAAGGGGAGGGAACGUGGGUGCGAUGCGUGCGACAAGGGUACUGCAGAGCCAGCAUCUCGGGCAGCUACUUGCAGCACAGGGGGGCUCUCAGCCCAUUCCCGCACAGCCCUGCCACCCGGGCCCCUAUCCACCCGCGUCGUACAAACCCACCUCAUAUGGGCCCACCUCUUAUCGGCCCACUUCUAAUCAACCUACUUCUUAUCAGCACACCUCUCAUCAACCCACUCCUUAUCAGCCCACUUCUUAUCAACCCACCUCUUAUCAUCCCACUGCUUAUCAACCCACCUGUUAUCAGCCCAACUCUUAUCAGCCCACCUCUUAUCAGCCCACCUCUUAUCAACCCACCUCUUAUCAACCCAGCCCUUAUCAGCCCAGCUCCCGUCCGCUUGGCACACCCCAACCGAGUCGUCUCCACCAACCCUAUGCUUCCCAGCAGCACCCUCCCCUCUCUCACGUUCCCUCCUCUCACCCUCCCCCCUCUCACCCUCCCCUAUCUGCAUGCGUUGAGGGUCAGGGAACGGGAAGGAGGGAGGGGAGGAAAAGGAAGUUGCAACGAUUGA